AUGCAAACACCAGGAACAGAAAACAAAACAAUUCUUGCACAGUCUAUUCCAACCAUAACCGAGGCACCGGCAACUGGUGGAACAACAUUAACUGCAACCUCUAUGCUUGCAAAACAAUUCUUGCAGAGUUUUUCCAACCAUAACCGAGGCACCGGCAACUGGUGGAACAACAUUAACUGCAACCUCUAUGCAAACACAAGGAACAGAAAACAAAACAAUUCUUGCACAGUCUAUUCCAACCAUAACCGAGGCACCGGCAACUGGUGGAACAACAUUAACUGCAACAUCUAUACAAACACCAGGAACAGAAAACAAAACAAUUCUUGCACAGUCUAUUCCAACCAUAACCGAGUCACCGGAAACUGGUGGAACAACAUUAACUGCAACCUCUAUGCAAACACCAGGAACAGAAAACAAAAAAUUCUUGCACAGUCUAUUCCAACCAUAACCGAGGCACCGGCAACUGGUGGAACAACAAUUAACUGCAACCUCUAUGGAACAACACAACAAGGAACAGAAAACAAAACAAUUCUUGCACAGUCUAUUCCAACCAUAACCGAGGUACCCAGCAACUGGUGGAACAACAUUAACUGCAACCUCUAUGCAAACACCAGGAAAAGAAAACAAAACAAUUCUUGCACAGUCUAUUCCAACCAUAACCGAGGUACCAGCAACUGGUGGAACAACAUUAACUGCAACCUCUAUGCAAGCACAAGGAACAGAAAACAAAACAAUUCUUGCACAGUCUAUUCCAAACAUAACCGAUGCACCGGCAACUGCUGGAACACCAUUAACUGCAACCUCUAUGCAAGCACAAAGAACAGAAAACAAAACAAUUCUUGCACAGUCUAUUCCAACCAUAACCGAGGCACCGCAACUGGUGGAACAACAUUAACUGCAACCUCUAUGCAAACACCAGGAACAGAAAACAAAACAAUUCUUGCACAGUCUAUUCCAACCAUAACCGAGGCACCGGCAACUGGUGGAACAACAUUAACUGCAACCUCUAUAAGCACCAGGCAGAAAACACAAGGAACAGAAAACAAAACAAUUCUUGGACCAACACAACCUCUAUGCAAACACAGUUCUAUUCCAACCAUAACCGAGGCACCGGCAACUGGUGGAACAACAUUAACUGCAACCUCUAUGCAAACACCAGAACAGAAAACAAAACAAUUCUUGCAGAGUCUAUUCCAACCAUAA